ACUUCUUCUGUAGCUGCUGCUUUCGUCCCCGUAUAAGCAAUCGUCUUCUCUCUCUCUCUCUCUCUCUCUCUCUCUCUCGUUGGAAGCUCCAAACUACCUCCUUUACAGGCCGAUUUCGAAGCAUUUUCCUACCCUGUUCUUCCAAAGUGAAAAAUCCAGAAAUUUGAUUGCAUUUGCGAGAAUCCUCGUUUUGGAAUUCGACUCCUUGUGAUUGUUUGGUACUCGCUUUUAUCUUAUCUGGCAAGAAAUGGUAUAUCAUUCGAGUUUUGUGGAUGAGGAAGGAAUUACUAAAGCUUGUGGAUGCCCUUUACUGCCUUUGAAAAGCCAUAUAAAGGGUCCUGCUCCUUCUUCAGGUCAAGAUCAAACUGAUAUUGUUGAUGAAGCAAUUACAUUCUUUCGUGCCAAUGUCUUCUUCAGAAACUUUGAUAUUAAGAGCUCAGCCGAUAAGCUCCUGAUUUAUCUAACGUUCUACAUUAAUGUGGCUUUAAAGAGGCUUGAAGGUUGCAGAACUUUGGCUGAAGGAACCAAGGCGAUCAUUAACCUGGGCCUGGAAAAUGUUCCUGUGCCUGGUGAGUCUGGUUUUCCUUUUCCAGGCCUUUUCCCCCUUCCUCAGUCUCAGCGAGAAGCAGAACUACUCAGAAAUUAUCUAAAGCAGAUAAGGGAAGAAACAAGUGGGAGAUUGUUGAGUGUUGCUUAUAGACACAAUGGGACUCCAAAUAAGUGGUGGUUGGCAUUUGCCAAAAGGAAAUUCAUGAACAUUAUUGUUCCUUAAAACAGUUUGUUGUAGAGCAUAUUCAAUCAAAAGGUCACAUAUUGAUAUGAUAAGAACAUUUGUGAACAUCUUCUGCAUACCGAGGCAACUCUGGGGAUGCAAAUCAGGGAAUUAGCGCUGUUAGGGAUGGUUAAUUGCACUACUCAGUUAUAUAUAUAUAUAUAUAUAUAUAUAUAUAUAUUCUUCUUUUGAAGAAUGUUGUAUCGGACCAAAAUCUAGGCCAUGAUGUAUUUUUAUGCAAUAUUUGUUAGGUAUAUAAAAUGUCUAGUGUCAUUGUUUUCCUCUAAAACGGGUUCUUAAUCAUCCCGUUCCCUGUACACGAGGCGGAAACUGAAAUUUGACGUUUUUGUUGUGGGCUUUGUGUUUGAGAAUAGAGAGCAAAGAACAAGUUCAUUUACAAUUAA